UAUUUAGUUUUUAUGAUUUAAUUUAAUGUUUUUCAUUUUCACGCGUUGUCUAACUGUCCAUUGUAAAUUCAUUCAAUGAUUGGUCACAAAGAUUACGCCAGUGUCUGAUGGCCAAUUAAUCAAUUAUUCCGUGGACGACUAUAUUACAGAUGAAUGCGCGCUAGCAGCUGGUCAAACCACUUGUCUGCGGCAUCAAAUAAUGCAUACGCUGUGUUUUAUGUGUGUUGUACCAUGUAUAACCAGAUGAACAUAUUUUUGGCCUCGUCUGUAUUAUAUUUAAUAAACUGCUGUGCAUAUUAAUUUCGAUCACAGCAAAUCACACAACAGAGAUGGGAGCCUUCAUUUCCAAACCCAAAACAAAACUUACUCGAAUUGAACAACUGGAGAACAUGGACAAGGAAAUUAAAGAACUGAUGGACUUUCAAGCCAAGAAUCAACGCCUGCAGAGGCUUUGGGUGGGUAGGCUGCUGGUCUACUCCUCAGUCCUCUACCUCCUCACUUCUCUCCUUGUCUACUGCGUGUUUCUGCCUGAACGCUGGCUGCAGCGCUUCACUAUGGCUUUGCCCUUCUUUGCAUAUCCAGUCGUGGUGUGGUUUAUCCGGAAGCUCCUCAUUUUCCUUUUCUCCAAACGAACUGAAUCCAACAAUGAUAAAUUGGAGGAGUUAAAAUUGUCCAAAAAGAAACUGGUAAGUUUUGUCAUGUCAAGAACAAAGUUUUCGCUGCAGAUUACAUACCACUUUAUGUUGUACUGUUUGUUGGUAAAGCUGGAGGAAGUGAUGGAAAAUGAGACAUACAAAAAAGCCAAACAGAUCCUGGAGCGAUUUGAUCCUGAAGCCGUUAAAAAACAAAAGGAGCCUCAGUCAUCCCCGGGACCAUCUCCUGGCACAGUGCUUCGUCAGAGAGGAGUGCCCGUCACAGCCAUGCCUAUGGGCGCAGCUGUGCCUGGGGCUCCAGGAGGGCCCCCAGAGAGAUUGGUUCUGUCUUCCUCUGUCGUCCAUGGGCCACUACCUGGACCCCUCUUCUCUCCUAGACCAGGAGGAUUGCACCCUCCGGGGCCUCCUCUUGCUCGCCCCAUUUUGCCCCAAGAACGAGGGACACUGGACAGAGUGGUGGAGUACUUGGUUGGAGAUGGCCCUCAGAAUCGAUAUGCACUAAUAUGUAAACAGUGCUUUUCUCACAAUGGUAUGGCUCUGAAAGAAGAGUUUGAAUUUCUGGCAUAUCGAUGUGCAUACUGUUACUUCAUGAAUCCUGCAAGGAAGACACGCCCACAGGCACCCAGGCUGCCAGAAUUCAGCUUUGAGCGAAAGAUGAGAGCAGAAGGAUGUUCACCGCCCUCUUGUGGCAACCCUCCUAAUACAGAUGAAGAUGAGAUUGGAGAAGACACAACUAGUGAGAAAGAAGUGAGUGACAGCGAGGAGCAUGAGGCAGAGGUUCAGUUGAAAGAAGAUCCUUGUCCUAGCAGCUCAGCUCCUGAGUCCCAACUGGAAAUGGGACAGGCUGAACCAGAGACACAGUAGACCAGAGACAGUUUAGUUGUGUUGUGUUUUUCCAUUCCUUCAAAGACCAACUGUAUUUGCUUAGUUGCUUGCUGUUCGCCUCACCCACAGUUUACUUCUCAUAAGAACAAACUCAAAAGAUCUGCUCUAUGAUUUAAUCUUCAGUCACCAUUUGAUAAAUUAAAUAGCUGUUUUUAGAAGUGUUUAUGUUUCUGUAUUCUACAAGUAUUAUCAGUAAAACUAGAAAAUUCUGAUGGAAAAAUUCUCAAGCAGCUCGAGCUAACAUCCUUGUUGAACCUUAGUAUAAACAGUCCUGGGGGAAUGAAGGGUUACAACGUGUAUACAGCUAAGAAUAAAUUACAACUUUUAGUCGCCUGUUUUAAAAUGGCACUCCUUUCAGUUUUUGCAUCUGAACUUUUCAUUUGAUGAAACUGGAUAAGAUGUUACAUCUAUCACAACAUAUUGUACACAGCAACAAGCAAAAAGACAAGAUAUCCUCACAGAUGCCACUUGUAUGCACUUUUUUCUGUUUUGUAUUUAUUUGAAUCACUAUUUAUUAAUUUUAAGGUUUACUGUUUAUUGUUGUAUAUAUACCUUCUUGCACAGAUAUAAUAACUUGUGUCUAAUUCUUGGCUUGCACUUUUUUUUGCCAUGUUUUUGUCCAUUUUGGACUUCAUAAUCUGAUAUGAAAAAUCUUAAGUAUUUUUUUACUUCUUGGAAUAAUGCCAAAUGUUUGCAAUGUACAGUCUGGUAAUCCGCUCUCAUUGAGUUUUCUUGCUCAAAAGACAUCACGUCAUGUUUCCAAUUUCCUGUUUAAUAACACUAAAACAGUUUAUGUUUUUUAAGUUAUGGUGCAUAUAUUUUUCAAGAAUAUGUAUUUAUUGUUUGAAUAAUUUGCCUUUUUUCUACAUUUGCACCUGAAUUUUUACAUCAAAUACAAUACUUGUGCUUGAGAAACAAAUACAAUACAAAAAACCAAAAGAAUAAAAACAUGUCAUCUCAGAAGCUGA